UAUUGCUCCUCAGUUGGUGACAGUUGGUGAGAAUAAUCAAAGAGUAAAAGUCAGGUUUAAUCUCCUCUCGAAAACAGUAAAUAGUCACAACCGAAUUUGAGCCCGGGUAGAGCACACAAGUCUCACAAGAUUAAAAGAUGGAGCAGGCUAUUAUCAGAGCCGGGCUAUUGCGUUCGUCAGGUUCAUGCGAAGAUGAUGAAGUGCCACCAAAACGUCGAAAGCUCACCUCAUCGACUCCUAACCCUUCACUCAAUGGUUGCACACGUCUAUCCAAGUAUGAACGUAUCUAUCUUGCCAGAGAACUCGAAGCUUUCCGCACCAAGCUAUCCAGCACUGAAACAGCUUCAAUUCAACUUCACAGAAUGAGACAACAAAUGAAUGAAAUGUUCGACGAAGAGGAGAAAGUACUGGGGAUUCAGGCAGUAGUAGCGAAAGAGGGGAUAGCAAAAUUGGAAGCAUCGUUGCAGACAGCAGGAAAUGGCCCCUUGGAGACCCUCAAAUCCGGGGAAAUUCCUGAAUCUCAGAUUUCCGCGAUGAGAAGCAGAAUGUGGGAGAAAAUUAAGACGUUACAGCUGGAUAAUGGAAUGACUUCAACAUCCGCUGAGCCUCAGGAGAACGAGGUAGAGGCCCAGAGACAGCUGGAGAGAAAGAUAAAAACCGAACUAGAGCAAUUAUUGCAAGCCUCGGGGUCUCAAAACCACAAAGGAGUCUACGUUCCAGCUCAGCAGAUUUGUUCAAGGAAUUCCAGAAAAACUCCUCCGGAGAAGGAACGAACACGAAUGAGUGAUCUUGAAGGGCUGCAAUCAUCAAUUGGUACCACGUUAACUCUUCGUGAAACUGUCAUGAGAAAACUGCUUCUUGAAGAAAAAAUAUCGAACAUGGAAAAGAAAUUGGAUGAUGAGAGAGGUAUGCUGCAGAUGCUGCAUGGAGAAUGUGAGAAGCUACUCUUGCACCUUCGCAAGAAUCAGUCAUCAACUAGUGAAACGUCACUGAGAACUUCGACGUCUUCGCUUCAGCGUCCAAAAUACAUUCGGAGGAUUGACCGCAUGAACUUAAGACUUGGGAAAUCGGUGAAAACCGGCGUGGAAAAGAUAGUUGUCAGCUCGUCUGAAACCGAGUCAUCCGGAACGUCACCGGAAAAUUCGAGGAGCAGGACUCCGCAUCUUCAGCUGCCAAAAGUCUUUCGGAGGUCGGAGCUGAUGACAAGGAAAUCGGAGGAAUCGAAGAUGGUGAAGGUCCCCAUGACAAACAAAAAUGCUAUUCAGUCUCACUCCGAGUCACCAGGAACUUCGAAGGACAAGACUUCUGGGCUUCAGCAUUCAAAAUCUAUUCGGAUGACUGAAGUCAUGAGAAUAAGACAUGAGGAAUUGAAAAAAGUGAAAGCCGAAAUGGCGGAUCAAAUUGUUACUUCGUCUGACACCGAGUCAUCAGAAAAUUUGAAGAGCAGAACUCCUCAUCGUCAGUUACCAAAAGUGUUUCGGAGGACGGAGCUGAUGACAAGAAAAUCGGAGGAAUCGAAGACGGUGAAGGUCCCCAUGACAAACAAAAAUGCUAUUCAGUCUCACUCCGAGUCACCAGGAACUUCGAAGGACAAGACUUCUGGGCUUCAGCAUUCAAAAUCUAUUCGGAUGACUGAAGUCAUGAGAAUAAGACAUGAGGAAUUGAAAAAAGUGAAAGCCGACAUGGCGGAUCAAACUGUUACUUCGUCUGACACCGAGUCAUCAGAAACUUCAAAGGACAAGACUCCUCAUCGUCGGCAUCCAAAAAUCACUCGGAAGUCAGAGCUGAUGACAGAUGAAUAUGGGGAAUCCAAAGCAGUGAAAGUCGUCAUGGCUGAUAAAAAUGUUGUUUCGUCUGACACCAAGUCAUCAGGAACUUCGAAGGGCAAAGCCCCGCAUCUUCACCCCAUUGCUGUCCGGAAGUCGGAAGUCAUGAGCAGAAAAACUGAAGAAUUGAAGAAAGAGGUCUCCACGAGGAAUAAAACUGCUCUAGAGUCUAACCCUGACUCAAGCGAGGAUGAGCUACCUCCAAAGAACUUGGAUUAUCUUGAAUCACUACUCCUGACAUCAUCGGAUGAAGAUGAAUCUUCUGAUAAAUCACCGGGGAACGAUAAGAAGAAGGCAUCUGAAGCAAGACGGGCACGAGAUCUACGAAUUACUGUGGGAGAUUAUUACGUUCUGGUUUCGGAUCGUAAAUUCUUCGAGACGGAUUGGGCUACAUAUUAUGAGCGUGAAGGUCGCCUCUAUGUCUGUAAGGAUUGUCCGGAGAUAGCAUCAAGGAAGAUUGCCGUCAUUCAAGAUCACAUCUGGGUGAAACAUUGUGAAGGACGAUUGGUGUGUCCUUUUUGUCGUGAUCCCCCAUAUUCCAUGCAGUCGAGGUACAGAUUCCUGUAUCACUUGAGGAGAGAGCAUCCCGAACAAUGCAAGUCCAAAUAAAAAAUUGAAAUGAAGGCAGUUCUUGUUCAAAUAAUCGAAAAGAGGUCGUUAAACGUAGUAUAUAGAGGAAUUCCGACACGUGUGUUAGAUAUUGGUAUACACCAGAUACUAUUAUCGUUGUUGGAAUUCGAUUGACAGUUCUAUUGUUUUUAUGUUGCAGUUGAACAUUCGGUACUUUUUCCAUAAAGUCACAUUCGUCAGAUGAUAAUUUCAUCACCUGAUGAAAUAAUGUACUAAUAUCUGAGGUAUUCCACGCCAAAUCAGUCAACCGCUGACCCUCAUCCUCUUGGAAAUUGAUGGCGAUUUUUUCUACGA